CAAAAAUGGCGGGGGGAAACAGCCCACGAAACUCCCCUCUCCUCUUAAAAAAAUUUCCCAACUCCCUACAUAAAAAUCGAAUCGUCUACUGGAAAUCCACCCUCGAAACAAUUUCACUCCCACUUCUUAAGAAGAUGGCAGACCGAUCGUCGCCGGCGCCGCCGCCCGUGCCGCGGGUGGCGGUAGUCGUGUUCUUGCUCAAGGGCAAGGCGGUGCUCCUGGGCCGCCGCCGCUCCUCCGUCGGCGACUCCACCUUCGCACUCCCGGGCGGCCACCUCGAAUUCGGGGAAAGCUUCGAGGAGUGCGCCGCGAGGGAGGUGGAGGAAGAGACGGGCCUCAAGAUCGACGGAACGGAGCUCUUGACGGUCACGAACAACGUGUUCUUGGAGGAGCCCAAGCCGGCGCACUACGUCACCGUGUUCUUGCGCGCGCGUCCGGCCCGCCCCGAGCAGGAGCCCGAGAACCGCGAGCCCGAGAAGUGCCACGGGUGGGGUUGGUACGACUGGGACGACCUCCCGAGCCCGCUGUUCUGGCCGCUCGAGAAGAUGGUCCGGAGCGGGUUCGACCCCUUCCCUCCUCAGGCCUCGCGAGGAGCCGAGAAUUGAUCGAUUCGAUUCGCGAUUCGGAUGCCAUUGUCUCGUGGCGAUCUUGUUUCUGAUUAGUAAGUUGGUAGGUCAUUCGGGAGUCUUUCGAGGGGUUGGAUUAGAUCCCUCGUUUCAUAGCCAGAAGUAUGCUUUUGCUUCCUCUUUAGGUUUGAACGUUUCUCCAUGGAUGUGGGAUUGAUGAAGUUUCCCUCUGUUUCGUUCAAUGGUUGCAAUGCAAAGACGUAUUACUAUACUUGAUAGAUUAGGGCAAGUGCCAUGGAGGUAGCAAACGAGUAGGCCUAAUUCGGGUUUGGGUUGGAUUUCAUGCGGGGGAACCAAAUCGGCCUAAUUAUCUCGAAUUGGUUCA